CCCUCUCGAGUUGCACAUGAGACACUCCUACCUGAUACCUACAUUAUAUUUAUAAUAUGGGAGGCUCCUCCCAUUCAUCGUAGGAAGCAGUGGGUUUAACAAGUUACAUCAAUGUGAUUAGUGAAAGAGUUUUUGCCAUUUUAAUUAAGCGUAUGAUACUUUUUAGUUGAAACCGAAGGAAGCUUAUGCUGAAGCCGGCGGAGAAAACCGUUCGUCGGCCGAUAUCGGCGCGUUUUGCUGCCGUCGUGCACUAACUUUACCCGACAGCCCAAGUCUUCACUCUCAAAGCAACAGGCACCGUAAAGACAACUUCACAUUUGUAGGUUUUCAUCCCGAGGCCCGAACAAUAUUUAGGCCGGAGCCCAAAUACCAUCGCCGGUUAAUCUCACCCCGCGGCCCAAGAUCGGCCCAAGCUGCUUAGUGCACGAAUCUGAAAGCUGCACGCAUCUUAAGGACAAUCCGCUCCUCUCCUCGUCCUCCUCCUCCCCGAUCGCUAAAACCUAGUAAAACCUCUUCCUUCGCUCGUCCCUCUCUCUCUCUCUCUCUCUCUCUCUGUCUCACUCUAUCGUCGCCGUCCUCGGGACUGUUCCGUCCGUCACGUCCUCUUCCGAUGUUGCUCCGGCGACCCCCCCAAUCCCUAAGACCCCUGCUCCUCCGCCGCCCCUUCUCCUCCUCCUCCUCCGCCGCCGCCGCCGCCGCGGAUCAUCCCCGGCGAGAGGAGGUAUCGUGUUGGGACCCCUCGGCGCCGCUGGAGUACCUGGAGGGGUUCCCCCGCCCCGACCCUAAGCACGCGGAGACGAUCCUCGCGGUCCCGCGCGGCGCCUCGGGGAAGAUCGCGGCGGCGAAGGAGCGCAAGGCGGGACGGGUUCCGAGCAUCGUCUUCGAGCAGGAGAAAGGGGAGGAGGGCGGGAACAAGCGCCUCGUCUCCGUCCCGACCAAGCAGAUCCGUAAGCUCGUCGACCAUCUCGGCCGAUCCUUCGACCUCGAGGUCUGGUCCGAACCCGCCAGAUCCGGCGAUCUCAUCGAGAAGGUUCGGGUCCUGCCCCGAAAGUUGCAUCUUCAUGCGGGCACUGAUGCUCCUCUUAAUGUCACAUUCUUGAGAGCUCCUUCCUCCGCAUUACUCAAAGUUGACGUUCCUCUUGUAUUCAGAGGAGAAGAUGCAUCCCCGGGACUUAGAAAAGGGGCUUAUUUCAACACCAUAAAAAGGACGGUCAAAUUUCUUUGCCCGGCCGACAUUAUUCCCCCAUACAUAGAUGUGGACUUAAGCGAGUUAGAUGUGGGCGAGAAAUUGUUGAUGCGCGACCUCAAAGUUCAUCCCGCCCUACGCCUGCUUCAGUCACCUGACCAACCUAUUUGUAGCAUUAUAGGAUCAAGAGCACCGGAGCAAAAGAAGUCGAAAUGAGUCUUCUGCAUCUCCAGCAGAGAAGCCAUUACAAAUCUACAAGCCCAACUCUUUCAUUUUCACGAAUCUGCCUCGAAUCCGCUUCCAGAUUAUUGGACGAGUGUUGCGAUCAUCUAUAUAAUCCUUGGAAGCGGCGUAAAUUGUAUUAACCCAUGUUGUUUGUCCUCUGCAGCCAUUUUUUAACCAGUGGUGUAAAAGGAUUUUGAGCAAAAAUAAAGUUUAGGAAUCCUCUUUUUGUUUAGAAUAUAUUUAUUUACCUUCACAAAAGGUAAAGAAACUUUUUUUUUCUUUUAUUUUUUCGUCGUAUGUUUGUACUUUUAAUAGGCCUAGCUUAAAUACCUUGCUAUUCUGAUUCGCGAGGCAUGUGGCUUUUUAUACGAUUAUUAUCUUUUAUUC